ACAGAAAUACGCUCUCAUCUCUUACGAAGGCUACGAGCAGAGAACACAUCGGUGAUAUAGUAACUUGAACAGAUGUUCUCGCUGCUCGCACGGCGAUAGUACACUGAACACAUUUUGUGAAUUCUCUCAUCUUUCCGUGUCGGCUUUACACUAUUUUGGAUUUUUUGGAUAAUACCUUUAACGCACAGAUUCUGCUUUAGUAGUUUUUUUUCAAAAGACCGGCAACUGCCCCGCAUUACUCCAGUUGAUACAGACCCACGACGAGCAAGAUCAGCUGUUGUUUUUUUUCUCCUUUUAAAAAGGUUGGUCUACCCCCAAUAUACCUGACAUGGAGCAAGAUACCUGAUACAUUAUAUGUUUUCCAUCCGAGUGACAAAGACGUGAUUUAUAACGGGGCUGUCCUCUCCUGAUUAUAGUGAAAAGGCAUCUCUCCACACAAAAGAAAAUCCUGCAUUGAAGACGGAUAUAUUCAUUUCUCGAAAUUCUUUUUGUGUGUGCAAUCGCAUGAAUCUGUUUGACUGUGCAAUUCGUCGGGACUGAUUCCAAAAGAAAAUGAAUCUGAAUAACUUGAUUCGCGUGUUGUCCAUCGUCUGUGUUUGUAUUUUCGUAGAGCCCAAAGCUCACAAGGGCAAUAGAUGUCGGAAGUUUUACAAACAAUUGUCAGCAGAAUUUGAUAAAAGAUUCAGGUCGCUUGAAAAGAAACUCAUCUUGCAACAAGACGUAACCCCCAAUUCUACAAGGUCAUAUAGAGAUCUUGUCUUGAACUCAAAUGAAUCUUUGGAGAGACUGAAGAAUCAAAUUCGUUCUCAGAAGAGAAGCAUGGACAAUUUAAAUGGACAUUUUGGAGUUUUAGAAAAUGUUGUUAAGAAUUUAACAGAGGCGAUAGACAGACUUGGAAACAUGUCCCCGCCAAAGACUGUGCAACCUGCUGCACAAGAAGUUGUGACGACGCCGGCGAUAACUGUAUCCGCGAAGACAACACCGGAACCAAAGAGAGGAUUCCCCAAACAUUGUCAUGACGUAUACAAACAUGGCGGGCUCCGUUUCGAUGGAGACUACUACAUAAAGAUUCAGCCACGGAAGUCCAAGGAACCCUUCAAGGUCGUUUGUAAAUCCAUUGACAACACCGGAGGAUGGACUGUGUUUCAAAGACGCCAAGAUGGCUCCGUAAAUUUUUAUCGAGAUUGGAAUACAUACAAAAAAGGAUUCGGAGAUCCCUCCGGUGAAUUCUGGAUGGGAAAUGACAAGCUCCAUGAAAUAACUAACCAAGGUCCUUUCCAGUUGCGAGUGGACUUGGAAGACUUCAAAGGACAGAAAUACUACGCAGUCUAUAACUACUUCCGAAUCGGCAACGAGACAGAAAAUUACAAGCUACACGUUCGUGGUUACCAUGGCAACGCUGGAGAUUCCAUGACAUCAGUUCGUGACAACCACAAUGGAAACAUGUUCAGUACACACGACCGCGACAACGACAGAAGGGGAUACAAUAACUGCGCGCAACACUUCCGGGGAGGAUGGUGGUAUUCGGAUUGCUACGAUUCCAAUCUAAACGGACAGUACUACCCACAGGGUAAACACGUGAAUUUCUUCAACCGUGAUGGGAUCCAUUGGAAGUCUAUCAACGAAAUGUUAUCUUUGAAAUUCGUUGAGAUGUCAGUUAGACCCGCCGACGACCUAUCGUCCGAAAACAGUUUGUAAAUGCCAAAGGUUUUAAAGCAUAUACCGACGGCCUUUCUCUGAGGUGCUUAUAUGGAAAAACGUGAUUGCUAGUCAGAUUUUGUUGUGAAAGUUUUCCAUGAAUAAACUAAUAUAUAAAAAUUCAUGAAAAGACAUGGGGUAACAGUUGUAAUACUCAAAGAAAGGAAAUUCUUUAGAGUUUGACUUAUUGUGAUAAUCGAGUUAUUCUAAGAACCAUAAUGGUUUCUUUAACAGAAUGAUCAAACGCAUCUUCAAAAGACUUAGACGAAAUCUCGAAGGAUUCGAGAAAGUCCGAGAUGAACUUUUUUCACUGCCAGUCUCACUAAACAGUGAAUUUGCAAAACUUACAUUGUUUCGAAGUUAACGUUGUAAAUAAUAAGAGUUUCUUUUAAUUGUUUGUCACUCAUCUUCAUUAUUUUUCGUUAUUUAUUUGUAUAGAUCUGAUCAUAUUUACAUGUACAUAUUCAUCCAAGAUUUUACUCUGUACAUGACAAAGGGAUGUAAAUUUGUAAUGUUAGUGCUAGUCAAUAGAUUGGCACUAAUUGACACGUUGUAACAGAUUCUAUAUAUCUAGUUCAGCCACAUGAACCACAUGUAUUGUAAACACGUAUAGUUCAUUGUUAAACUAAACUAUAGCAAUGACGUCACGGUAGCUUGUUAAUUUAUUAACAAUGUGAUUUCGUUUUGCGUCUUUUUCGAUUUUUAUUUUUAUAUAAAAUGUGGGGUAUGAGAUAAAGAUGCUACAUGUCUGUGCCUUUCCCUAAUCGUGAUAUGUACGGGUAUAGAUUGAAAUAAAGAAGCUCCCAGAAAUCUA